AUCUGCACCAGUCCCCUCCCUUGGAACUGCGCGACUGAACUUCAGAGCCAGCCUCGGCCCUGCAGUCGGAAGGUUACGGCCGCGGGAGUCCUGGAGGCGGCGGCGGAGGCGGCGGCGGCGGCCCAGGAAGGAGCAGCAGCACCAGGGAGGAAAAUUCUUCUCAGGAUGGUCUCCCACUCGGAGCUGAGGAAACUCUUCUGCUCGGCAGACGCAGUGUGCUUUGAUGUUGAUAGCACCGUCAUCAGGGAAGAAGGAAUUGAUGAGCUGGCCAAAAUCUGUGGAGUUGCAGAUGCCGUGUCAGAAAUGACAAAGCGAGCCAUGGGCGGAGCAGUGCCUUUCAAGGCUGCCCUCACAGAGCGCUUAGCGCUGAUCCAGCCCUCCAGGGAACAGGUGCAAAGGCUCCUAGCAGAGCGCCCCCCACACCUGACUCCUGGCAUAAGGGAGCUAGUAAGUCGCCUACAAGAGCGAAAUGUUCAAGUUUUCCUAAUAUCUGGUGGCUUUAGGAGCAUCGUGGAGCACGUUGCUGCGAAGCUGAAUAUCCCGCCCACCAAUGUAUUUGCCAAUAGACUGAAAUUCUACUUUAAUGGUGAAUAUGCAGGUUUUGAUGAGAUGCAGCCGACAGCUGAAUCCGGUGGGAAAGGAAAAGUUAUUAAACUUUUAAAGGAAAAAUUUCACUUUAAGAAAAUUGUCAUGAUUGGAGAUGGGGCCACAGACAUGGAAGCCUGCCCUCCUGCUGAUGUUUUCAUUGGAUUUGGAGGAAACGUGAUCAGGCAGCAAGUAAAGGACAACGCGGAAUGGUACAUCACUGACUUUGUGGAGCUUCUGGGAGAGCUGGAAGAAUAAUCGAUUUUUCUGUAGUUCAUAACUUCAGAUGAAUUUUUGAAAGUGAUACAGUUUGAUACUGUUUGUUUACAGUUGCCUGUGAUAACUUAGUGGAUAAAUUUGGUACUGAUGAUCAGUACUUCCAAACUUUAGAAAGUUGCUUUUAAAAACGGUAGUUCCAGUGUUAUUAUGACCAUCAAUUACCUGGAGAGUUUUAUAAUCUGAAUUCUUUAUGUAUUUUCCUACUUUUAUUUUAUUUGAAGCUUUUUAAAGGUGGAGAGUAAAUUAAACACCUUCCCUAUUGAGAAUACG